AUGGUGUUGUACGUUAUCUCUAGAGUUAAUGCGAGUGCUAUAAGUCUCCUCACUGUCCUCCUUGUCACCCAACGCGUUACUAAGGCCCUGUUUACUUUUGCCGAUUUGUGCGCCAAUACGGUAAAAACUCGAUUCUCUGGCUGCAAGCUAACAGCGGGUAGUUUAGUAGGGCCGAGGUGGAGUAGAUGUUGA